UGGAUCAUAAGCUGUUGUGAACAUUUGUUUUAGCGAGAUAUGCCUGCACACUCCUUCCAUCAACUGUGGGGUAAACUGACCAUCUCAGUUACUCUAAAUCUCAGAUGGAAAUCCAACACUUGAAAAUGUUUCUAACAAUUAAAGCAAUCAGUUCUGUCGAAAUCCUAUGUAAUGAAACUGCCUUUGGAAUAGCCACAGUCGACCACGGAUAGAAUAUAUCGAUUUUCUUCAAGCAAUAGGUAAUAUUAAAUCCACAUCCACAAGAUGAUAUAGUGUCUCCAUUAUCAAUUGGCAUAUCUCUCAGUGGAACUUGUCUAAUUUUCCUUUUGUAAUCAUUUUGACAUACGUCACACGACCUACACAAUCUUUUGACAUCACUUUUAUCCGAAGCAUGUGAAAACUUCUUUGUAUCCUACCAACUGUUUUUUUCCUUUAUUUGUUCUUUUCUUUUUUACUGAUUGGUGACAUUCAACUGUUGCUUCAUUAGAUAGAGUCAUAAAUCUUUUAAAAUAAUUUAACCUGUUUGAUAGUACUUUCUUUCUUUUUUUUCAAAGAUUUUAUUCACUAGAUCCUCUUUUUUACUUUUUACAGAUGCAUGAAACAACACUUAGUCUUUCUUUUCUUCUCGCCUGAGUACUGUUCUCCAUCUGAGCUUCUUUCCAACUCACGAUAUUUAGUUCAUCCUGCUCGGCAUAGAAACCUUCAAUUACAGAGUGUUUCUGCUCUCGUUACCACAGCUGCAGCAAUAUAUUCUUUCGAUGAAGACUGUAUUCCGCCACUGCUACUCCAGUUAAUAUCUCGUCUAUCAGAAGUCCCUUUGUAUCCUAUCAAAAAGUUACAUAUCAAUGUCGGCAAUUCCAUGGCUUCAAACUCCCUAGUGUAAUACGGUGUAUCAACCUGCAUUUGUGCUGCAGGAACUAUCCCUGAACGUCCAUGAAUCUUAUACAAUCAUUCAUCUUAUUCAAAAUUUGAUUCUCAGAUACGAGGUAUUUCCUGACAGUUGCCAACCCAAACCUGGUAUAUCUAAAAACCCGGACUUAUUUAUCAUUUAUAUAUCCUUUCUUCACUAGCAAGGUCCUUUCACUGGUUGUUGAAUCAAUGAUAGAGGUGCUUGCAAUGACAGGAAGCUAACAUAAGCCAUCCAUCAUCUAUGCAGUAUUCUUAGUGUUCGUUAUCUAAUAAUACAGCUAUGCGUCCUGCGAGUUUCACUUUGCUCUACCUUGCAUUCCCUAAACUUGAAUUUGAAAUCUGUCUCUGUUAGCAGAACUGCAGCAUACUCAUUGACUUGGUCUGGAAGCAUUAUUUCAUUUAUUUAUUCUGUUAUUGUUUGUUUGUAUAUUUUGCCUAUCUGCUCUUUUUAUUUCAAAUUUAAUUUUUAUUUCAUAUUUCAAAAGCCUAUGAAACGUAGUUGAAUUAAAGCACUUCCAAUCGCUCAAAAUGUGAAAAGACUACGAUGGACAAAAUCAUCUCCCAUCCAUUACUUAUCUAAUAGAAAACAAAUAUUACAUUAAAAUCAUACAAUACCUCAUACAGAUUCUUUUACGAUGUCUAUAUCAAUAACUUAAGAUAAAAACAACUUUUGCUGGGUUAAAGGUGUACACGGUUAGAAAACAAACGUUCUAUCUAAUAUCGUUAAAAUACAAUGUUUAAAAAUUCUAUCAAAGCAUUCCAAAUAAGUUUUGUUGUGAUAAAUAUGUUACAACUAAUAUCAGUAUUUAUUAAUUGGGAAUGGAUAAAUGAUACGUUUAUAUCCACAAAGAGACAAAGUGAUAAAGAAAGUAAUUUGCCAGCCGGAAGAAAUUUGAAGGAAAAAUAUCCUACCGUUGUAACUGGGUAUUUUGAUAUAGGAUCGUUUCAUAAAGGGAAAAGCCAUUUCCGAAAUCAGAGUUUUUACUACAAAGUUGCAAACAUAUUUUCCUAUCUCCAAAAUUCACUUGUCGUUUAUACAGAUUCACCAGUGUUUUUAAAUCAUAUUGAAAAUAUAAGAAGUAACAAACUAAAUAAAACAAAAAUUAUUUUCUUUGAACGGUCUUCUGCAUGGUCUUUUCAAAUUAUUGAUGACAUAAAACGGAUAUAUAAUAUUGAAGGCUAUACUAGACGAAACGCGAGUAAAGUUUCACCAUUGUACACAUGUGCUAUGCAUUCGAAAUAUUAUUGUUUAAAACAAGCUGCAGAAUACAAUUACUUUAACACAAAAUAUAUAAUGUGGUUAGAUGUUGGAUACUUCUGGAAACUGAAAGCAAAUCGAGCAUUCUUUCUGAAAAGGCCAUUUAAGUUUAAUGAUUCACAAAUAGCAAUGAACAAAAUAGAUACUGGUCGUAGUAUACCAUCAAGUCCAGUUGACAUAAUUAAGAAAAGUCAUUUACAAGUUGGAGGCGGAUUAGUGUUCGGUGAAAUACAUACUAUGAUCAAGUUUUCAUCUCAGUAUAGACGGGCAGUAGAAUAUUUUUUGUCAAAGAACUUAACCAACACAGAUCAACAAAUCUUACAUGCCAUGUUUACACAGGAAGGACGAACAGCUAUCUGCCCUGAAGUUGAGAUAAAGACAUAUGGAACGGCUGACAAUCGCGACUGGCAUUUCCUAGGCAGUGGAUGCUGAGAAAAGAACCUGGACAAGGAUGGCGUUAUAGUUUACCUAUGGAAAGGAAAUAACUCAGAACAAUUUUGUGACCGGGACACGAAGAUGAUAUGCGCAUCUCCUCCUGAAAAUGUAAUUUUGCUAAAUUCAGUCGAGUGGUUGCUGAAGAAUACUCCGGUUGAUAAAUUGUUCUAUAAUAUACUAAUAUUUAAUAAUAAAAGAAAACUGUGAUAACUCAGUGAAAAACCAAUCGGUUCAGAACCUAAAGACAAUAUACGCAUUAUCUCUUGAGAAAGAUGCUCCCUAUGAAGAUACGCUCAGUGCCAACCAGUGGUUGCUGAGAAAUAAUAUUUCGGGCAAGAACCGAGAGGCGGAUGGACACAUGGAUGGGACGGAUUAUUUGCUUCAAUUCCGGAAAGUACAACAACACAAGCUUUCUCAUACAUUAUAAAAGAACUACCUCACAAAAAUCUUAUUCCCCAACCUGUGCAAACUCAUGAAACUUGAGAAGCAAGAUAUCUGUAUAGUAUGUAAUACACUGUAGUACACAAGCUAUACGUCAGCUAUACAUGAAUGGAACGAUAUAUCAGAGGUUAUCAGAAAAGUUCCUUUUCAGCAAUUUCAAAAGCUGCGCAAUCAGAAUCUAUUUGAAUCAUCCAAAUAAUUUUAUGUCGGGACGAGGCAAGUACAAAUAAUCUGGAAAUUAGAUCCCUCGGAAGCACUGAGAACAAUGCAAACAAUGAAAAUUGCAGACACGGUUUGACUGAGUCUGUUCAUGAGCAGUAAUAGAAAAUACAACACUGCCCACGUGUCCUAGCACCGGUUUAAGCACCUCAACACUGAGAUGAAGUCAGGGCGACUUUUACCGGCCGCCACACAGCACUUUACACUCGCUGUUGAGAAGUAAAUAUGAUCUGGAAAGUAGAUCAUCGGAAUCACCGAGAACAAGGCAAAAAGUGAAAAUUACAAGGCAAAUAGUAAAUACUUACUAUAUUAACCUAACUGUCCAUACGGUAUUACAGCUACUUCAAACAAUUACCUCCUGUCAAACCCUUACAAUAUUUAUAUUUCCGUCUAUGCAUCUAUUUAGUUACAUGAAAAAAGUAUUUUAUACGUCCAAACUUAUCACAAGUACUUUAACUUCUGCUCAAUCCAGCGCUAAAGGCAUGGAUGGUAGCAUGCAUUUUCAUUUUAAAGGAACUCCGAUGGUUGGACCAGAAGGUGACCGUUCUAAGCAGCAUCGCGCUAGAUGCAGGUAUCGGCUGAUUCAAGUUAGAUUGUGUAUGCAAAUUGUCACUCUUUAACAAGAUUACAAGAAACUCAAAAUAGAUAAAUAUUAUUGACAAUAUCUAUUUCGUUUUAAAAACGGUUUAAAUGGAAAAGAUGUUUACUAAUAAAAUACACUUAAAUUUUUUAUACAAACAACUUUCCAACAUAUGAUAUAUUAGUAGACUGAUAACUGCACUCGUAUACAUUAACAAAUUAGCUGAUGGAAAGUAGUUUUAGUCCUAUCGAAAUUCUUUGUCUGCACUACAGUUUUCUCGUUUUCUCGUUUUCAAAUUUGACUGCUUAUAUUUUCUAAAUGUGACAAAAACACAAAUCCUCUAACGUCAGGUUUGAAUUACAAUUAUAAGCACCACCACUAUUAUAUUAUAUUUGCAUGUGAGUAACAUUAAAAAAUCUUAUUGCUAAGCCAGAUUCUGCACAAUACCAGCUAAAAUUAUAAUACUCAUGUACUUAAUUCGAUUAAAAAUCCCAACUAAAUGUGCGAUAUAAGAAAGAUAUCAGAUCUUGUUUUUAAAUUAUCAAAACAAGCUGAUAUUUUAUCAGAUCAUGGAUUGUUUCCUAUGUAUAUAUUAGAUUUGCAUCUAAGCUUCUAUCAAAUCAUGUUUUCCAUAAAUUCCAUUUCCUAAAGCACUUCCUUUUUUGCUUAUGUCCUGGACAGUGCGAGGCAUGCAACAUAAUAACUUGUUCACGAUCUUGUUUUGACAUUUUUGAUAACGUAUAUUCUCCGACAAAUUUGCUUUCAUUUAAAAGUAAGUAAUUUAAUUUCACUGUUCGCAUAAUGCGUUUAAAAGCAGGCUGAUUGCGUUGCGGCCUUACUGAAAACACUGAUGCUCGCAUUUUCAUAACUUUUAUUGUCUUAGCAUUACUUCUAAUAGCCAUAAAGCCAGCACAUAAUGAUGUUGGAUUACUUAAAGUCUGCAACCACUUAUCAAAUUUACUUUGAAAAUACGGGAAUGGACUUUGAAGCCACACUGUGUCUAUGUCUGAGUAUAAAACUUUUAUACUGUCUUCAAGGUAUUUUAGAAUAUAUAAAGGCCUAACUGACAUUAGUCGGUUGGGUCUGGACUAUUUAGAUGUUUGCUACGUACAAUAUUUAUGCUAAAACUGUAAUAAUCAUCUUUAAGAUUUUUUAAAACUAUAAUCGUCAUUAGCUAUUAUUGCGAUAUUUAGACUGAUUCCUAGUUUUCUUACAUACCACCACCAAUUUUCAAACUCGUCGAAAUAACCAUUAUUUACCGUAACUAGUACAAUCCAAUUAUAUUCAUAUGUAAACUUGUCAUAUUUCAAAUGCCGUAAUGCCACUGCUUUCGAUGAAGCAUAAUAACUUAAAACUGACACAUCUGUUAUAAUAGCCAGAAUUAACAAAAAGGACGUCCAAUGUUUUAUCCUAGCAUUUACCAUUUUCAUCAUAUUUUCAUAAAUAUCUCCAUGACAUUUCUGUCAUUGUAAAGUUGAGAUUAACUACGGGAAAUUGAACACGUGUUAUUUGAGUCCAGUAAAUGAUACGUUUUACAAUAAAAAGUGUUUUCGAUGUAGUAUUUGUUUAUUAUUUCUUUUAACCUUCUUAUGAUUGAUUUAAUAUGUUGACAGUUUACUUGUUAGCAUUCCCCUGAUGGCUGAUGGACAAAACCAAUAUGAUUGCAUAGUUGAGAUCAACUCAAACACAUAUUAAAUGUGUAAUUAUACCGAUGGUGUUAUUCCGGUAAAAUACUUCACAUUUCGUUACUUGAAGAAGAAGUUUUCAAAUUGAUACAAACACGCUGUUUCGUUUAAAAAUGUUCGACAUAU